AUGGAUAAUAUCAUGGAUACCCGUGAGUUGAGCUCCCUGGAUUUUAGCUGCGAUGAACAUCAUGAUCUGGGGCUUACACUCUCCCCCGGAUCACAGCUUCAGCUGGCCGUGUCCUCUCCCAACUCUCAGGAGGAUGAGCUAGCGUCUCUGUUCGGCAUGGAUGAUGACUUUGAUCCAUUCACCGACUUCGAUAAGCUCGUUCACCAGGUAUAUGAGACUGCUGGCUCGAAGAAACGCACCAGUGAUGAGGCUUUUGGAGGAGAUAUCGAGAUUUCCCCAAGCAAGAGACAAAGCCAGGAGGAGCAAUGCACCUCAGUAGCGACAGAGACAAUUACGCAGCCACUCGACAUUCACCCCGGCAGUCAAGCUUCCAUUCCAUCGAUCCCAUCCCAUGCACUCCUCUCAUCACGUCAAGCUCCUACUUUUAUCUCUACGAUAAAGGGCAAGGUUACCCUCAACUCAGAGAGCCUAUCUCGCCUCGCGGCUGUCGAGGCUUUUACUCAAGGCAAGUCGAGUUCCCAACACAUCUCGCCUUAUGCCCUCGUUGGGUAUUAUCCAUCUGCACCUAAUCUACACUGCAUGAUUGGAAGAGGGACAGACUCCAGUGAAGUCCUUCGGAGUCGCCUUGACAGCUCCAGGCGUCGCCUCGAUGUUGUCAUGGCCGAGCGCAACAAGUAUCGCGAUGCCUUGCUCAAGUACGAGCAGGUAGACCCUGAGACUGGUCUUUUGGGGAUCCGGAAAUUGGAGACAGAACUCCUGAAGUCACGUCGCAUGGUCUCAAACCAUCGAUAUCGGGUGGACCAGCUGAAGAUAGAAGUCCAGGAGUGGAAAGACAGAUACACCGCCGUGGCGACCACACACAAUUGCCUGAUUCGGGACUAUCAACAGCUUCAGGCUAUCACAUGUCACCCACCCUCCGCAGUGGAGGCAGCCUUCACCCCACCACAGGACAAUCACCAAGGCAGCUAUGAGCAGUUGCCUCAGACGUCCAACGCACCGAACGCUGCCUACGUACGACCACCCACUGACCCUUCGGGUAUAAAUCCUUCUGUCCCAUCCCCAGCACCUCCCUUUUCCACCUCUUCUCCCACGAACAACUUCAAAACUCCCACCCCACGCCGUGUGCAAUCUGCUGGCUCAGAUACCUGUUCACAACCUGCUCUUUACGAAGAUCAACCCACAGAUCUUCUACCAAGUCACUUGGAAGAUCUUCCAACAAGCCACCACUACGAAGAUCUUCCACCCGAUCUUCCAAUCCCUCUCUCCGCCCAAUCUCCACCUGGUGAGCCAACUACAAUGACCACCAACUACGCCAAUUCCACCUUCUCUGGCCGCGGUGGCUACCUGCCGCCAAACUCCUCUGACCAAGCGGCCUGCACCCACCAACACGCCGGCAUCGCCUACGAGAUGCCUUCCGCCAAUGUCACCGCCGCCACCCCGGUGGCUACCGUUUCCGCUCUGCCUGUGCCUCCCAAGGAUAUCGUGGUCAUCGACCUGACCGGCGAUUCAGACACAGAUGUGAGCCCCCAAGGAUCCAACGCCCCAUCUCCAACUCCGCUGACCCAGGAUUCCAGCCCGUUGAUCGAGUUCCGCCGCCGUUUCCGCAAGAAGAAGCUGGACUGGCUCCAUGAGAGCAACAGCAGCGUCGCGGACAGCGCAGUUGCAGAUCCCAUCUGCAAGAAUCUCAACUCUCGCAAGCGCAAGCGAGAGCUCGGCAAGGAAUUCGUCGCCACCACAUCCGGCGAAGCCUACAGCCACGUGCAGGCACAGAAGGUACUUUCGUCCGGUUCGCCGUAA